UUUAAAUUUCUCGAAGUGGGGAUAUACUUCCUAUAUGCGGAAACAUUUGUCCCCCCGGCAUGCAGUUAAUUUGCGGAAGCGUAACGUGUUUGGUACGCUACUUACCGAAGACGAGACUGGUUCAGGCGAAAACAGGAGCAACGUCCCGGCGUCAUCUGCUUCAAAUGUUGAAGGUAAAGUUUAACUCCUCCAGGUUUUUUUGUUGUGUAGAUGUAGGCGGCAUGUUUACCCCAUUAAGGUGACAGCAUUUCUGUUAUGAAAUCCGGGGACAUCCGGGAACAUAUUGUUUCUGAAGAGCGCGCGGGGGGCGUUUCCAUAGAUAUCUGUAAGAAAGGCUAGAUGACUCGAGGCGGAGUCACCGACGUCCCUACACGGUGGCCAUCUUACUCCAGUACACCAUCCUGGGACGCUCUAGAGUAGCUGACAGAAGGUGAGUAAUCUACAUGAUCAAAAAUACUCUUUACUCGCUGAAAUCUUGACAUAUUUACAAAUGGUUUCGUUUAUCACCUUAAUAACGUGGCUGUGAGUUGGGAUUCUUGGACAUGCCAGAUUGUCUUUGAGAUAAAAAGACUUAAUCAUGAAGCACAGUUGUUUCACGGCUAUUUGUGCCCAAGGGCUAACUUUGAGUCGCUUUGCGUGAGUUGUCAAGGCUGAGACCGCAAUCGAGAUUUCAAUUUCUUGUAUUACAGCCUAUUUUUUAUUUAUGUAUUUUGUCUGAGUGACAGUCUUUGUGGAUGUGCUUGUGUUUAUCAGCUGUCUAACUUGGCUAACAGACUCGCUGUGAGUGAGACCAAGUACAUAUUACAAAGUUAACCCAGCAAUUUUACAUCAGUUGGAGAGGCAGAAAUGCUCUUUCAUGGAAGGGAAAGUGGGUAUGAGUGGGCAAGUUACCUGUGGCAAGAUGGCCGCCAUGCGCUGACGUUGGUCUCCAUUAAAUAACAGAGUGUGUAGCCAUCUAGCAUUAUACAUACAUACAUACACUCACCGGCCACUUUAUUAGGUACACCAUGCUAGUAACGGGUUGGACCCCCUUUUGCCUUCAGAACUGCCUCAAUUCUUCGUGGCAUAGAUUCAACAAGGUGCUGGAAGCAUUCCUCAGAGAGCUUGGUCCAUAUUGACAUGAUGGCAUCACACAGUUGCCGCAGAUUUGUCGGCUGCACAUCCAUGAUGCGAAUCUCCCGUUCCACCACAUCCCAAAGAUGCUCUAUUGGAUUGAGAUCUGGUGACUGUGGAGGCCAUUUGAGUACAGUGAACUCAUUGUCAUGUUCAAGAAACCAGUCUGAGAUGAUUCCAGCUUUAUGACAUGGCUCAUUAUCCUGCUGAAAGUAGCCAUCAGAAGUUGGGUACAUUGUGGUCAUAAAGAGAUGGACAUGGUCAGCAACAAUACUCAGGUAGGCUGUGGCGUUGCAACGAUGCUCAAUUGGUACCAAGGGGCCCAAAGAGUGCCAAGAAAAUAUUCCCCACACCAUGACACCACCACCACCAGCCUGAACCGUUGAUACAAGGCAGGAUGGAUCCAUGCUUUCAUGUUGUUGACGCCAAAUUCUGACCCUACCAUCCGAAUGUCGCAGCAGAAAUCGAGACUCAUCAGACCAGGCAACGUUUUUCCAAUCUUCUAUUGUCCAAUUUCGAUGAGCUUGUGCAAAUUGUAGCCUCAGUUUCCUGUUCUUAUCUGAAAGGAGUGGCACCCGGUGUGGUCUUCUGCUGCUGUAGCCCAUCUGCCUCAAAGUUCGACGUACUGUGCGUUCAGAGAUGCUCUUCUGCCUACCUUGUUUGUAACGGGUGGUUAUUUGAGUCACUGUUGCCUUUCUAUCAGCUCUAACCAGUCUGGCCAUUCUCCUCUGACCUCUGGCAUCAACAAGGCAUUUCCGCCCACAGAACUGCCGCUCACUGGAUAUUUUUUCUUUUUCUGACCAUUCUCUGUAAACCCUAGAAAUGGUUGUGCGUGAAAAUCCCAGUAGAUCAGCAGUUUCUGAAAUACUCAGACCAGCCCUUCUGGCACCAACAACCAUGCCACGUUCAAAGUCACUCAAAUCACCUUUCUUCCCCAUACUGAUGCUCGGUUUGAACUGCAGGAGAUUGUCUUGACCAUGUCUACAUGCCUAAAUGCACUAAGUUGCCGUCAUGUGAUUGGCUGAUUAGAAAUUAAGUGUUAACGAGCAGUUGGACAGGUGUACCUAAUAAAGUGGCCGGUAUAUAUGUAUAUAUAUAUAUAUAUAUAUAUAUAUAUAUAUAUAUAUAUACGAAGAUAAAUGAAUGUCACCGAGCUGUGACCAGAUUUGUGGUCAAAGGGUAGGUCACAUAACAAAUUAUUAGUGCAUAGAUAUGCCAUAUCUUCUGUCCAAACUUCACAGUAUUGAAGAGUUGAUGCAAAUAAGCCUAUUUGUGUGAACUUAUUUUUACUCAAUGAGAAUCGAUAAGGAAUCGUAUUGAUAAUGGAAUCAGAAUCGCUAAAUUCUUAACAAUUCACAUCCCUAUAGAAUGGAUUACAUAUUAACUGAUGAGGUCAAUCUCUACAAAGAAAGAAAGAAAGUAAAGGCAUCUUGUAGUCUUACGGCUAUAUUUUUCUAUAGUGUACUGAGGCAAAAUUAGAUCAUUCAGUUUUGUUUAUGCAGUUUAAGCUCUGCUCCAUGCUCAGGCUGUCACUUUUUAUUGGAAACUGGAGUCUUAACUCAAAUUCAGGGAGAAGAGUGCAUGUUAGACUGUAAUGAGCCGCUCAAAUUAAAAUCAAUUGACUGUCAGUGCAUCAAGUGGAGGAAGUGUCUUGUCUCUCCUGGGUAUGUGAACAUUAGCAUGUCGUUUUCUGUUUUCAUUAGAAAUUGAUCUUUUGAGAAAACUGAUGGCUUCUUCACACACAUUAGCUCUACUCUGCUUAGAUCUAUAUAACCACAUCCUGUACCACAACACCUUUAAGGGGAUAGAGGAGAGGUCUGCAGAGCCAUUACGAUUGGAGAUAUACAUGACAGUCAUUGUGUGUGGUCAUGCGUGUUUCAGUCUCACAGAAAAUAACCUGACAGAUGUUGGUGUAAAAGACAUGAUCAUAAUUUAUUCAAAUCAUUCCUCAUCGGCCUUGAUAAGCUUAAAUGUUUUGAAAUAAUGUGUGUGUGUUGGUGCCAUUUAUCAAACAUUUCUUUACGACUUUUACUUGAAGUGGAAAGUAAUAUUGCUAACAGUAAAUACCCCAAAAGCCCUAAAUGAUCAGGGAACGUCUCAUUCAAACUGUUAAAUCUGUAUAUCAACCAUUUAAAUCAACAGUAUGGAAAGUGUAUGCUCUACAGGUCAGUGAAGGAUGGAGAAAGAAAGUUCUGGUUUUAAUGAUGCCAAGAGGGGGAGAAAAGUUAGGAGACCCAAUCAACUGCCUGUGUUGUUAAUGGAUGUUUAUUGACUGUCAGUAUGAAACCAUGUGAAGCUCGUUCUUUCGUGUUAUUGAUAAGUGUCGACCCCGCUCAGCUUUAUGCCUCCCCCAUUCUGAGAUCAGCUUCCUGUCUGUCUCUUCUUUUGUUGUCCUUCAUCUUUCCAUUUUACCUAUUGAUUGGCUGAUAAUGUGUUUUCAGUGGUAGAUUAAUGGCACAUUAUCCUGAUAAGGGUGUCUGUAGGGACAGGAUAUGAGGGAGAGGGAAGGAGACAGUGCUCUUCAGUUGAUGAAUACUUUUUUUUUUGUACUUGUGGGCCCAAGAGAGGGAUGUAAUGAAACAAAAUAUUACCUCAAUAACUUUUCAUGAUGAAGUGAUAGUUUGAUUUUGAGCUUGUCAGAUGAAGUUUUGUCUGUUUUACUAAAACUAAAUGGUUAAAGUCAAUGUUAUGUCCACAAAUCACUGCAAUUCAUAAUGACAUGGUAAAACAAUCUCUAUCAAGUAUUAUUCAACUUUUGUACCUUCAGAGACAGUCAUACUUGUAAUACUAUUUUGGUUAGUUUGGACGAACCAAACAAAGACACAACUUAGAUAAGUCUUAAACUAAAUACUUUCAAGUUUAUACCCUAACUUAAGACACAAGAGCUGGUGCAACGGGCUCUGGCCUCCAGGAACUUUAUCAAAUCCUCUGUGUGAAAUUUUCUUUACUUUGCUCUUAUUUUAUCGGAGCAAUGCUGCCUCCCAUCAACUUGGAAGAUGACCUUUUAUCAAAUGGUAAAGAAAGUCAGAGGUUGAAGAAAUAACUGUGUUUAGACUUGUGUAAGAAGCUGCAAAAAAGUGUUAAAUGCACACUGACACACUAAGUUUGCCCUAUAAUCACCUGACAAAUCUUUCUUAUGAUAACUUCAGUGCAAGAACACUUCCAUAAAAGUUUUGUGUGUUUAUGUGACUUUUUUGGAUACAAUUCAGGUGCAGAUAUUUACAUUUAUUUUUGUACAUUAGAAAAUAUGUGGAAGCAGAUGCACCAACAGCUCCUUUAGUCGUAUGUGAUGUUUCUUAGGGCCUCAGACACAGUUAGAGUCCAAAUACAGAGGAGCAGUUUGAUCCACACUGAGAUAGAAGAGCAUGAAGAUUUAUAAUUUCAUACCCAUAACCUGUAUACUUUUUAAUUGUGUUUUCACAUCUAUUACAUAUAUAUUCCAUUGACUAUUUAUUGUACAGUGAUCAAUGUGUAAUAUUGUCGAAGCUGUAGUCUGACUUGUGUUCCAAUAAAGCUCUUUUGAAUUGACUUAAAUUGACAGCUAUCAGUCUAUUCUGCUUCAGCACCACGGACAGAGCCACGUCUGCCUCGUCGUUAAACCACCUUUCGCACCACAAACACCCUCAUGUAAUAAUUAUAAGAGACACCACAUACAUAUAUUGCUCUAUAUGAGGUCCACACUCCUCCAUUUAUUUGCCCGAUAAAUCAGUCAAUAUUGUGACACUGGUCCCGUUUUAAUUAACAUGUCAUUUCAACAGGCAUGGUUGAAAGGUGCUUUCCUGUGUGUUUGACAGGAGUAAUACCUGCAAUAUGAAGAUAUGAGUGUAAUUUAAAAAAAUGUGAUUGCUUUUUUAAACAAUUACACUUUAAUAAGUAUCUUAAUGAAACAAAAGAUGUAAUGUUAUGAAUAAUACCGUAUUUCUUUAUUGUAUUUUAUUUUAAUGAAGCAGUUCUACAACAUAAACCUCCGAGGGAAAUUCUUUAAUGUAAUUUUCAGUAACUGAUGUUUUCGCCCUGGAGGCUGACAUUGGAUUACAUAAUGAUCGCAGAAUACCAUGAAAAUAGUCAUGCAUAAAACAUGGGCGGAAAAUGUAUUGCAUUCAUUUAAUCCUUAUAGUUUUAGUUGUUGUUAGAGUUUAAUAGUGUUACAGGAAAUGCACGUGGAUUAAGCUGAUGGAAAUACUAAAGUAGAUAGAAAGUAGGCUGACUGGCAGAAGUUAAAAAAAAAUAAUAAAUAUUAAAUAAUGAUAAUAAUGAUAAUUACAAUAAUGAUAUCAAUAAUAAUAAUGUUAAUAAUAAUAAUGAUAAUAAUAAACAAUAAUAAUAAUAGUAAUAAUAACACAAACAGUAAUAAUAAUAAUAAUAAUAACAAAACAAUAAUAAUAAAAUAAAAGUAAACAAAAUAAUAAUAAAAAUAACAACAAUAAUAAUAAUCAUAAUAAUAAUGAUGAAAAUGAUGGCAAUAAUAAUAACAAUAAUAAUGAUAAUAAUAAUAAUAAUAAUUAUUAUUAUUAUUAUUAUUAUUAUUAUUAUUAUUAUAACACUAACAAUAUCAAUAAAAAUGAUAUUUUUUUUAAAUAAGGAAAUGAUAAUAACAAUAAUAAUGAUAAUAAUAAUAAUAAUAAUUAUUAUUAUUAUUAUUAUUAUUAUUAUUAUUAUUAUUAUUAUUAUUAUAUAAUUGUUAUUAUGGAAACAAGAAUACGUUUGGACUUAGGCUUUUAUCCGUUUGAAAAAAGCUUUUUGUAAGAAGUUAAGUGUCCAGUCUGUGUGUAAUGUGUGUCAACUAUAGUCAGAGAAAAAUCACUCAGGAUCAGUAAACUUUUAAGUGAUGCGUAAAAACCUAGAUUUACGCAGAGCUGCCAUCAGGUCUGUCUCUGUCUUACUGGGCCAACUACAAAUGCUUGACCUUCACAUUAAACUACCAGUGUUUUUUAAAUUGUCUUUACAUGGAAGAAUGAUUAAACUAUCAUACGUCCCUGUCAAACAGGCUGAUGUACUUGCUGGCACUUGAGAAGCAGAGGUAAGAUGUGCUGCUCCGGCAGUAAACAGCGGGCACAGACAGGCCUGUUGGUUCUAAGUGAUUCCCCAGCAGGUCGCCCUCCGUGUAUAAUGGUCCAUUAAGCUGUCCCACAACAAUAGGCUUUCCAAUUUCAGGAAAAUCAAUAAUAGCUCCGUCAAUUUGUGUGGAUAUUUGCCUUUUCAGUUUAUUCCUGCGGUUCUGAAACCAUAUUUUCACCUGGGUCUCCGUCAGCUGAAGAGAAAAGGCGAGGCAGGCGCGCUCUGCGCUGCUCAGGUAACGUUUCAUGUCGAAAGUAGACUCCAACUGUAAAACCUGUCUCCUCGAGAAAAUAGUGCGUGUUUUCUUUUUGGGUGACUUCUUUUCGAUGUUUCCUCCUCCGUCGUUGGGAACGGUGUCCGCGGAGGUGGAGCUGCUGUGUCCGUGGAUGGUGUCUGCGCAGUGGAGGUUUGCUGCGUCUGCUGCUCCAAUCGAGACUCUGUUCAACUCUGGAAAACAAAAACAAAAGAUUGAAUCUGAGAGUGAGGUUUUCAGGUGAGUGUUCUCCAUAAGUUGUCUAUCUUACCCGUUUGUUUCAGCUCCCUGCUCUCCUUCUUCUGCCUCCUCUGCUGGACUUUGCUCUGCCUUUGGUGGGAGUCAUGAUGCCCCAUCGCCGUGAACCUCCUCUCCUCCUGCUGUCCGGCUGCUUGACAGACAACAUAGUUCCUCCCGCUUGUUUGGAGAUUCAGGAUAUUUUCAAUCGUGAACUUUGGAGAGGCAGCAGGCCGACGCAGUGGAUCCACUUUGUUCAUAUUCUUAGAUACUCAGGCCCCCUUUGCUGAACUUUAGCAGCAGCAGAUAUCAAACACACAGCUGAGGGGAUGAUGCUCAUCACACAGGGUCGCAUCACGCAUUAUUGUGUUUGGUGCUUAUUGGAGGAGCGCGCAGGACGGUCCAGUAAAAGUGAGGGAGGAGGUGAGAGGUGCUGAGGUGACUCCCCUCCAACUACUUCUUAUUUAUCAGAGGCAUGGAGGUUAUUCUUUUUCCUGACACGUUGGGUUUCUGCAUUUUUUGCUUGAACACACAUCAAGAAAAUAGUUUUCCCCUGUCUAGUCUGUUAUAAUGGUGUAUUAUCCUUUCUUUUAUCAAAUAGGGGAGACUGGGGACAGUUGCAACAAGACUUAUUCCUCCAAUCCUUCCUAAAACUCCAUCUAUUUGAUGAUGUGAAUACCGCCAUGGUUAAAAUCUACAACAAGUGUGGCUGUUAUGUAUCUCUGCAGACAUUCCUGUUUCUGGGUUUGUCUUGCUCAUGUUAAAAUAACCAAACUGUGUCUCUGUGUUUGACCGGUGUCGCCGUCUCAGAGGCGUCUGACACAGACAACUUCAGCCCAAAGUUUUCUUGGCUGCAGAAACUCAGACACGGUUUCACAGGAAGAGCUGUUAAAAUAAAAUCAUUUUAUGAGUUUGUGAGAUUUAGAUUCAGACACUCAAAAUGCUUUCAUUUUAAAUCUGUUGUUAGUCGUUCACAAACCACUCCAACGAUCAGCUGAUAAUUUACACAGCCACCACAGUUGAAGAUAAUCUCUGCAGACUCCUCUAAAAACAUCACCACAGGUGUUUUCACUGCUGUGCAAACAGAUAUCACAGCAAGAUAACCAACUGUGUGUUUGUGUCUGCAGAGAUUUUACCUCAGAUGGUCCAGCUGGCUCCACAGCACCCCCACCUGGGGAAAAAAGGGCAACCACAGAAGAAAAGGAAGAGCUGUUGGAGGUUGUUUGACUGCUGCAGGGUAAGUUCAACAGAGGUUUACCAGUCUGGACUUCAAUGUUUAAUUUCUGUUGUUGACAAAUCCAAAUUAUCUUUACUUUAUCAUGUUACUCCAGUUUCUGAUCAUGAAGAUCAGCAAAAGACAACUCAGGAACUCCAGAUCGGGUACCAAACUAAAUCUGUUAACAGAAUUGAUCAUUUUCUGUGUCACCUGAUGAGUUCAAUCAUCACGUGACACAAAUCAGGAGACCAUCAAAAGUCUUUCUUAAAGCUCCUGUGAGGAAUUUUUGGUUUGUGUUGAUUUUGGCAGCCCCCGUAGACCAAGCGUUUACUUUCUCUCUCUUUGACAAUUUACUCAGAACAUGUUUAUGUUGUGUUUUCCAUUAAAAAAAAUCCCCUUGAUCCAUCUUAAAACUAAUUAACCAUGGUUACCGGAGAAAAUAUUUGGUCUGAUUUACUUUUUAAGGUCAUACAGAGGCAUUUCUAUCAAUAUCAGUCUUUAUGAUUAGCUGAAAAUUACUCAUGGUGGUUUUAACGUAAUAAAAAUCUGUGUUUCCUCUGCUGAGUAUGUCAUUAUACCUUAAAUUUCUCUACUACAGUUUAGUGACCCUUGUUUAUCUAUUAUUAUUAGUGUUUAUCUACUAUUGAUCUAUUAAAAUAAAUAGAUCAAGACAUAAAAACUGACUGAUUUGAACACAAACUCAACCUGUUCCUCUCUUUGUUUCAGUCCUAUUGAAGAGAAGCGUGAUCUGGUUGACGACUCCAUCCUUGAGUUAGAUUUGGAAGAUGCCAGUGAGGAUGAGGAGGAACAAUCGCACCAAGAGAACCAUUCACCCUGGAGACUGUCAGCACCUCUUCAGCUCAAGAAAAGGCUCAUUUAGAGGACGAGGGAGAAGCGACCACUGUGCCUGUGCAAACUUCAGCUGGAUCCGUAGUUUUUAUAUUGAGAAACUAGCAAACAUAAACAUUAGCAGGGC